AUGUUUUCCAUCGCCUUGGCUACUGUUGCUUUGCCUUUCUGUGCGUUGGCUGCAUCUCUUCCUGCGAAGACGGUAGCACAAAACCCUAACGGAACGUGGCUCGAAAACAUUGCUGUGCGCCCGAAUGGCGACCUUCUGGUUACCCAGAUGCAUCCUUCUGCAAUUGUCUACACGCUUCGUGAUCCAUCAACCUGCCAACAUACACUCGAAGAGGUUGUUUCUAUACCGGGAAUUCAAAACAUUUACGGCAUUACUCAGCUUCCUUCUCACAAGCAUAACGUUGAGAAUUAUGUCAUCGUCGGUGGCAACUCUUCUUCCCUCGGCAAAACCAUCACUGGUACCUACCGCGCCUGGUCUAUUCAGCUCCAACCUUCACGAUAUGGACUUAAGGUCAGGGCCAAGAAGAUCAGUGAUAUGAGUAAAGAAAGCACCUUCCUUAAUGGUGUGGUUCCAAUCCCUCACAGAUCCGAUACUGUUCUAGUCGCUGAUUCAGCUAACGGCUUGGUCGGUCGUCUUGAUCUGGUCUCUGGCAAGUUUGACACAUCGGCUUUUGUUUUCCCAGAGAUGGUUCCCCUCGACGACGCGGAGUUACCCAUUGGCGUAAAUGGUAUCCGCAUUCAUAGUGGCUAUCUAUAUUUCGACAACUCUUAUGCGGCUUCUAUCUAUCGGAUUCCUAUGACUUCUGAAGGCUUCCCUGUUAAGGGUGCUACACCCGAGCUUGUGGUGGAUGUCUCUAAUGGAGUCAGCUUCCUUGAUGACUUUGCCUUUGAUGCAGAGGGCAAUAUAUACGCUGCCAGCUUGUUCGACAACUGUGUCGUCUUUGCCGAUACAGUGUCCGGCACCUGGAAAAUCGUCGUGGGUGGAUUGGGCGAGAUGACUGUCGCUGGUGCUACGUCUGUAGCAUUUGGUCGUGAAGGACACGAUAAGGACAUCCUCUAUGUUACUACAUCUGGUGCAAUUGCAAAUCCUGUCAAUGGGACCGAAACCGAGGGCUCUAAAGUUGUUGCUAUUGAUACACGUCCUUUGAGAGGCGAGUUGUCGUUGUAA